GGAAACGCUUCUUGGUUUUUUUGGACAGCUACUACUGUAACCAUAAUACCCGUCAUCAUACCGGAGGCGCAACACCGACUGACAACCCCCCUCCCAACAGAAAAGAGCUGGCCCCCCAUUGGCAUCCCUCUUUUGCUGCCAUACACUGACAAGUGCGUUCUACUACGGCUCUUCCAAGUCGUCAAGGCGUUCCUUGACCCAUCCUCUCACCGCGCCAUCCUUUAUCCUCGCCAACCUCGAACCCGUGGGAAAAAAAAUCUUUCAUAAGACGCAAACCAUGAAGUUCGGUCUCCAGCUCUCCAACGCCCUCUACUCCGAGUGGAGGUUCUACUACGUUGAUUACGAUGAACUGAAACGCCAGCUGAAGCAGGGACUCACGGGCAAUGGAGGGUUCAACGACCAGCGUGAGGCCGCGUUUGUGGAGACGCUUGAGAGGGAGUUGGAAAAGGUCACAGCCUUCCGCAACAUCAAAGGCGACGAACUCACUCGCCGCGUACAACACUGCGAAUCCGUCGUCGAAUCCACCCUCGCCCAAGGCGACUCCGCCACGCCCGAUGCCGAACGUUUUGCCCGCGUCGAAGAAGAGAUCCGCCGCAUUACGAUGGAAGUCACCGAACUCUCCAAGUUCGUGCGGAUCAACUACACCGGGUUCCUCAAGAUCCUCAAGAAACACGACAAGCACACCGUAUAUAUGCUCAAGCCGACGUUUAUGGUCCGCAUGAAUGCGAGACCGUUUUACAAGGAUGGGUUCGAUACCCUGAUCCUGAGGUUGUCGAAGCUUUUUGAUACGAUCAGGACCGGUGGGAAGAGAAGUCAGGAGAAUGCGAAUGCGGGGGCGACGCAGCAGAACUUUGUGAGGAGGACGACCAAGUACUGGGUUCACCCUGACAACGUGACGGAGGUGAAAUGCAUCAUCCUGAAGUACCUCCCGGUGCUGGUAUUCAGCGCAAAAGGCAAGAAGGAACCGGACCCAGCCAUCACCUCCAUCUACUUUGACAACGACUCCUUCGACCUGUACCUCGGCCGCCUCGAAAAAACCGAGGGCGCCGAAGCGAUCCGCCUUCGGUGGUACGGCAACAUGGACCAACAGGAGAUCUUCGUCGAGCGCAAAACGCAUCGGGAGGACUGGACCGGCGAGCAAUCUGUGAAAUCCCGUUUCCCGAUCAAGGAAAAGAACGUGAACGCGUACCUGAAGGGCGAGUUUGAUUACGGCAAGACGAUCGAAAAGAUGCGGAAAAAGAACCAGAAGGACGAGAAGGAACUGGAGCACCUUGAGACACUCGCGCAGGAGGUGUCGGAAAGCGUGCUUAACAAGCACCUCCACCCCGUCGUUCGCACCUUCUACAACCGCACCGCGUUCCAGCUCCCUGGUGACGCCCGUGUGCGGAUCAGUCUCGACACGGAAUUGACGCUCAUUCGUGAAGACAACGAGGGCCGUCCACGCUCUGGCGACAACUGGCGCCGCACGGACGCCGGCACCGUCGCGCCAUUCGACUAUCUCCCCUCUGAAGACGUGUGCGCGUUCCCUUACGCCAUCCUGGAAGUCAAGCUCCAAACUCAGCACGGCACGGAAGCCCCCAAAUGGGUCGACGAGCUCGUCAACUCCCACCUGGUAGAAGAAGUCCCCAAAUUCUCCAAAUUUAUCCACGGUGUCGCCACCCUCCUCGAAAGCCGGGUGUCCCUCCUCCCCUUCUGGCUGCCCCAGAUGGACAAGGACAUCCGCAAGCCCGCCCCGCAGGAAUGGCGAUCCCUUGAAUGGUCCGCCGGCGCCUCAUCUUCCCGCGAAAGCUCGGUCGAGCGCGGCCGUAACGGAUGGACCAAUCACAGGAACCAGAGCAAAGCCAGCAGCCUCCGCCACGAAUCUGACGUCGACUCUGUCGAAGUCAUCGUUGAGGAAGUCGAAGAAGACGCUGACGAAAGGUCCCCGCUCCUCCUCCGCUCCGGCCGUGGCAACAACUCCAGAAAUGGUAACAACGCCUCCUCCUCAACACAACAACGCAGACAACGCACCGACCAACCCCGAACACGACCCUUCUCAUGGGCGGGCGGGUUCGGAAACCUGUUCAAAAACGACGCGAGUGAUUCGUCGAGGGGUAGUGGCAAUGGGGUGGUGUCGUUGCAACGGGGCGCGAGUGGGAAAGCGAAAAGGAUUGCGUUGCCGGUGCGCGUUGAGCCCAAGGUGUUCUUUGCGAAUGAGAGGACGUUUUUGAGUUGGUUGCAUUUCUGCAUAGUCCUGGGAGGCCUAGCCCUCGGUCUCCUCAACUUUGGCGACCGCGUCGGCCAGAUCGCCGGCCUGGUCUUUACACUCGUCGCAAUGCUGUUCAUGGUCUACGCCCUGUUUCUGUACCACUGGAGGGCCAAGAAGAUCAGGAAUCGGGAUGCUGGACCUUACGACGACCGUGUCGGUCCUACAGUUCUCGUCAUCGUGCUGUUUUUCGCCGUACUCACAAACUUCUACUUGAAGUUCGGCGAGGGGCAGAAUUAGAUCCACACGAUUACUCGCCCGUCCGGGUCCGUCUUGUGGAAAACGUCCAACAAAUUGUGGAGAAAACCUUUCGAUUUUCUUAUUUCGGAUCAUCCCACUCCACCGUCAAUCCGAACCCCGCACAUCCGCCUCAUAUCCCAACAUCCUGCAUCCUACCCUAGAAGAAAAGCAUACGUAGCAUCCCAACACCAACCUCACACCCUAC